AUGUUGCCAGCAUCAAGAAGUGGCCCCGAGGCGCGGAAAGACACUCCGGCCGGAAACGUGGCCCUCGCACGCAACGACGGCAAAAAGCACCUCCUCCUAGCCGUCUCGGGCUCCGUCGCCACCAUCAAAAUCGCCAACAUCGUCAACGGCCUCGCCUACCACAGCAACCUCUCCAUCCGCCUGGUCCUCACCGCCUCGGCGGAGCACUUCCUCAGCGGCCAGUCCGACGAGCAGCCCUCCGUGGCCGAGGUGCGGCGCCUGCCCAACGUCGACGGCAUCUACACCGAUUCCGCCGAGUGGACGAGGCCGUGGACGCGCGGCGCUCCCAUCCUGCACAUUGAGCUGCGGAGAUGGGCCGACCUGCUCAUGAUUGUGCCCAUGAGUGCAAACACCAUGGCCAAGAUGGUGGCGGGCAUCUGCGACAACCUGCUGCUCAGCGUGGUGAGGGCCUGGGACCACGACGGGUCCAUUGACGGCGUCAGGAAGAAGAUUGUCGUCGCCGUCGCCAUGAACACGGCCAUGUGGAGGAAUCCGCUGACGGCCAAGCACAUCAAGACGCUGGAGGAGGAUUGGGGCGGCCACGACGGCUGGGUUGAAGUGCUGAGACCCGUGUCCAAGACGCUGGCCUGUAAUGAUGUUGGCGAGGGUGCCAUGGUGAGUUGGCAGGAGAUUGUGUCGGUUGCCGAAGACAGGUUGGGCCUGGAGAACACAGAUAGCUUCAGGACAUGA